AUGCAUAAACGGUCAACACUCUGUAUAGAUUCUGAUGACGAUGCCGAAACUGCUAGCAGUAAAUGUUUCAAAUCACUGAAUGACGACUUCGACAGUCAUUACGGUCUGUAUUUGAGCACCGUCAGCGGCAUUCCAGACGAAUACAAUGGUCGAUUCCUGGCUUUAGAUAUCGAGGACAUUCUCUCUGCACAUUCAGAGGAACUGGAAGAAUCAGCACAGUUCAAUUACAUGAUCGACAUCCCGUGGCUGAUUUCAAAAUAUCCGGAGAAAUGUCGAAAGAAACCGCUUUUGAUCGUAACAGGCGUUACCGGCUCCGAAUGGUCAUUGUUCAUGCAGGAGGCACUAGCUUUCAACAACAUCACUGUUACGAAAGCUCGACUACAAAUAUCCUAUGGAACUCAUCAUACGAAAAUGAUGCUGUUGAAGUGCCGUACGGGUCUUCGAGUCGUUAUUCAUACAGCUAAUUUGAUCGAACAGGACUGGUGUCAGAAAACGCAGGGGUGA